GAUUGUCCCCUCUGCUCUUCCGUAGAAAAUUAAAGUCAGCCCUGGAGAAGCAGGUCGGCCGGUUUGUCCGGCCCCCUCGCGCGUGUGUGGGAGCUCACUCGGCCCUGUUAAUGUCCAGUUUCAGUUUCAGGGGGUGUGUUUGUGUUUUUGGCUCCAGCAGGUCCUGAAUGUCCACCUCCAGCCUAUAAAUAGCUCGAACCAGGCGCCUGGCGCAGCUUCAGGGAUGUCCUGCACUAGGGCGGUGAGCACUGACCUCUCCAUGGUGGACAUCUCCACCCUGGAGGGUCUCCGGACUGAACUGGCUCAGCUGAGGACGCUGGUGGCGACGCUGGAGGCGAAGUUGACGCAGAGGGAGCAGCACGAGCUUGAAUACGAGGCUCUGAAGCGGGAAGUCAGUGAUGUGGGGCAGCAGACGCUGGACGUAUCCAGCUUUUUGGCUGAACUAAAAAAUGAACAGUUUUCAAAAGAAAUAGCCGGUACUGGACACCGUGGUGAAGACCAGUCCGCUCCGCAGGAGCCUGAGGACGCGCUCGAUGUGACUUCCGUUCGUGCAAAUGGACAGACCGCCGCAGAGACCCAGGGAGCUGUGGGUGAAGAUGAAAGCACGCGAGCACUUCAGGGGCUGGAGGAAAGACCUCCACAGUGUAAACACGAGUCAAACCCUGAGCAGAUGUCUUACACUGUGUUCAGUGGUGGAGACCAGCAGACGCUGUUACAGAUGUGUUCGGUGAAGCUGGUGGACUGUGGCAAGAUGGUCAGCCUGGACAACCAUGAUGAAGACACACUGACCUCAGGUGAGCAGCGCCAGUGGUCAUCCUGCAGUGGGAACAGUCAGCAAUCUGGAGAAACGAUUAAGAAGAAAAAGAUUAGGCAAAAGCCAUUGCAUCGGAAGCCUGUCUGGACAUCCAGAUGCCUAAGCAAACUUGCAAGACGCAACAGACGAAGAAGGCCUUAUUCUUGCUCACAGUGUGGAAAGACUUUAGCUACGUUAUCAAGCCUUAAAAUACACAUGAGAGUGCACACGGGCGAGAGGCCUUUCAAGUGCUCUUUCUGUGGUAAGACUUUCAUUCAGUCGGGAUACCUGACAAUCCAUCAGAGGAUACAUACCGGAGAGAAGCCCUACCAGUGCACUCGGUGUGAUAAGGCUUUCCGCGACUCGGGGCAACUCACGACUCAUUUGAGAGCUCAUGCUGGAAUAAAACCUUACCAGUGCUCCGAGUGUGACAAGGCUUAUCCAAAUUCCAGUUCGUUUAAAAUCCAUCAGAGAAUACAUACUGGACAGAAGCCCUACCAGUGUCCCAUUUGUGAGAAACAGUUCUCAUGCUCAUCAAGCCUUAGAAGCCAUCAGGGGUUGCAUGCAAAGCAAAGGCCUCACCAGUGCUCUCAGUGUAGCAAGUCCUUCCUUAAUUCAGCAAAACUCAGAGUUCACCAUAGGACUCAUACUGGAGAGAAGCCCUACCAGUGCCCUCAGUGCAGUAAGACUUUCAGUCAAUCAGGAAGUCUUACGACUCAUCAGAAGUUACAUGCUUCAGAGAGGCCUUACCAGUGCUCUCAGUGUGAAAAGGCGUUCACACGCUCAGUGUACCUUAAAAACCACCAGAGGAAACAUACUGGAGAGAAGCCUUACGAGUGCAACAUGUGUGGUAAAAGGUUUGCACACUCAUCAAUACUGAAAAUACACAAGAGAACACACACUGGAGAAAAGCCUUACCAGUGCUUGACCUGUGAAAAGCAGUUCUCCAGUUUGGCAUUGUUAAUAGGGCAUCGAAUCGUUCACACCGGAGAGAAGAAACACCAAUGCUCUACUUGUGGGAAAAAGUUUGCAUACCCUUCGUUGCUUAAAAAGCACCAAAGGGUCCAUACAAAAGAAAAGCCUUACCAUUGCUCCCAGUGUGAUAAGACAUUUGCUCAGUCUUCAGGUCUCAGAGCCCAUCGGAGGGUACACACUGGAGAAAAGCCGUACCAGUGCUCUGUUUGCGGGGUGAAGUUUUCAAAUUCAUCUACACUAUCAAGGCAUCAGAGUGUCCACACUGGAGAGAGGCCUUACGAAUGCUCUACUUGCAGGAAACAGUUCUCGAGGUAUUCCAAUCUUCGACUCCAUCAGCGGACGCACACAAAUGAAAAGCCUUACCAUUGUUCUCAGUGUGAGAAGACCUUCGCUCACUCAUACAGCCUUAAAAUCCAUCAGCGAAUACAUACAGGAGAAAAACCUUACCAUUGCACUGAGUGUGGUAAGACUUUCACACAGCUGUCGCACCUUCGGAGCCAUCAGAAAGUACAUAUGCCAAGGGCUUAAGGGACAGACGUGACAGGGGUACAUGUCUGAGGACAGUUUGUUAAAGGUUUUGUGCUGGAAUGUAGUAGAAUCUGUUACUACCAAAGGUUUGUCCCCUCUAAAACCAACCUUGAAUUCCUUUAGCUAAUGAGAAGUUUUUGUUGGCUGAUGUUCAUUCUUCAAAAUUAAUGUUUGGUGGUUUUGUGGUUUGAUGCCUAAAAGUGAUACCAUGAAACCACAUUACUUAGGUACUGAGUUACAUAGGUACUGAUUUACUUAGGUACUGAGUUACAUAGGUAUUCAUUUACUUAGACAGUAACUCAGGUAUCAGAUAUCUUCUAAUGCUACCAUGCUUCACUUGGGGGAGUUCUUUGGGAACUUUACAGCAGUACUAACUUACAUUACAUCCACGUGUAAACAACAGGUUUAUUGUCUGUUGGGCAUUGUUGACGAGUGCACAGUCACCCCCUACUUUGAGAUCUGCAUGCAUGAAGCACUGGACUGGUUUAUAAAUUUCAUACCCAGUUUGUCCAGUUUCUACCAAUGUUCAGCCCAAAAUCUCUAAUGGUCACCCUAUGAUAUUCUCGUUAAGAGAUCACGUCUGUACCUGCAAGACAUUUGUACGUCUAGAAAGGGAUAAGAUAGCUGAAUCAGCUCAGGUUCAUGGACAUUGUGGGAGUGAUGAUGCUGUGAUGACUUCUGUAAAUUGGACUGGCUAACUUUACAGCGACUUUGUUUACACAGGGCCCACGUCCUGCAUGUUUCCUGCAUUUUAUUUUCAAUUUAUGAUGUUUGUAGAGUUUUAUGUCUCAAAAAAACCCACAGUUCAUUUUACAUGACCAUUUUCCCAACUUUUCCAUCUAUAACUGCUGUAGGUGAAUGUAUGUAAAUGAGGUUUAUUGUUACCUCAUAAAAGAUUUUAUAUAUAUUGUUUUUUAUAUAGGGACUGUUUGGGACAGAGAGUGAACGGUAUGUUUGAAAAUGUUUUUUGCACUACAUCAAGCUUUUAUUUUAAAUGUUAAAUGUUUAAAGAUAUUUUAUCAUGAGGAAUUUAUUUGUGUGAGCAGAUUUUGGACCAAGACAUCCGUUUAGGCUUCAGUCCAACCUUUUUUGCGUUGGGUAACAUUUUUCUUGCUUCUGGAGAUGACCACUAAUGGGUAGGACAGAAAUGUUUAGGCUUUAAUUUUGGUCAGGGUGGACAGUUAAACCAAGGCUGUGGCUAGGUAUCUUUUUCAAUAUCAGUACAAUACUGAUAGCUUGACUCUGAUACGAUUCCUGAACAGCACCUUUUUGAUAGCUAUUUUAUUAUAAACAAAUUGUGGUUGUGGCUAGAUGAGAAAUUAAUGGGGUGCUGGAAGCGGGUAUAUGGACCUAAUAUGAUGGACCUAAAUGACCUACAAACUCUAAACAACUUUAAAAAGCUGAUGUUGAGAGCAAAUGGACUAUAUAGAUACCCAAUCAGCAGUCUGCUGUUUGGAUUAGAGAUGCUCAUAAGGCUGAUGUCAUAGGUAUUGAAAUUUGGAAUGAUGUGAUAAUUGUCCGAUAAUCUGCACUAUGGGGGCAGUCAUGGGCUGGAGGUUAGGGAACCAGCCUCGUGACCGGAAGGUCGCUGGUUUGAUCCCUAGAGCCGACAGCACAUGACUGAGGUGUCCUUGAGCAAGACACCUAACCCCAACUGCUCC